CAGACGCAGCUGUGCGAGAUGGCUGCGUCCCCUGGAGGGUCCCCGGCCCCUGCAGUUGAGGAGCCCGCGCCCCAGCCGGAAGCGCACGCCCGGGAGCCCGGCUCGGACAGGAGAGCCAGUCGUGGUCGCCUCUCAUUCUGUACGAAGGUUUGCUAUGGCAUUGGCGGGGUCCCCAACCAGGUGGCCUCCAGCGCCACAGCCUUUUACCUGCAGCUGUUCUUGCUAGAUGUGGCACAGAUCCCUGCUGCCCAGGUGUCUCUUGUCAUGUUUGGAGGAAAGGUGUCUGGGGCAGCUGCUGACCCCGUGGCUGGGUUCUUCAUCAGCAGAAGCAGGAGGACAGGGUCUGGACGACUCAUGCCCUGGGUGCUGGGCUGCACGCCCUUCAUCGCCUUGGCUUACUUCUUCCUGUGGUUCCUGCCCCCCUUCACCAAUCUCCGAGGCCUUUGGUACAUGACCUUCUACUGCCUAUUCCAGGCUCUGGCCACGUUUUUCCAGGUGCCCUACACAGCGCUCACCAUGCUGUUGACCCCCAGCCCCAGGGAGCGGGACACCAUCACCGCCUACCGGAUGACCAUGGAGAUGGCGGGGACGCUCAUGGGAGCCACGGUCCACGGACUCAUCGUGUCUGGUGCCCACAGUCCCCACAGGUGCGAGGAGGCCGAGUUCCCAGGGCCGGUCGCUGUCUCCCCCAACGCUACUUGUCUGUACUCCAUUGCAGCCGCUGUGGUUGCUGUGACUUAUCCUGUGUGCAGUGGUUUGCUCCGCCUGGGGGUGAAGGAGCCACCAGGUACAGAGAUGUCACCUUCCUGUGUUGCAGAUCCCUCUGCCCCAGUCUCUAGCCAGGACACGAGCUUCCUGGCUGGGCUGGCCCUCACUGUCCGGCACCCACCCUACCUGAAGCUGGUCAUCUCCUUCCUGUUCAUCUCAGCAGCUGUUCAGGUGGAGCAGAGCUACCUGGUCCUGUUCUGUACACAUGCCUCCCGGCUACAUGACCACGUGCAGAGCCUGGUGCUAACCAUCCUGGUCUCAGCUGUACUGAGCACCCCGCUGUGGGAGUGGGUUCUUCAGCGAUUUGGGAAGAGGACGUCAGCCUUCGGGAUCUGUAUGAUGGUGCCUUUUGCAAUCCUGUUGGCUGCUGUGCCCACAGCACCUGUGGCCUACGUCGUGGCCUUUGUAUCUGGCGUGAGCAUUGCUGUGUCCUUGUUGCUGCCCUGGUCCAUGCUUCCAGAUGUGGUAGAUGACUUCCAGCUGCAGCACCAGCACGGCAUGGAGACCAUCUUCUACUCAUCCUAUGUCUUCUUCACCAAGCUGUCGGGCGCAGGUGCCCUGGGCAUCUCCACGCUCAGUCUGGAGUUUGCGGGCUAUGAGGCAGGAGCCUGCAAGCAGGCAGAGCAGGUGGUGGUGACCCUGAAGGUCCUCAUCGGAGCCGUGCCCACCUGCAUGAUCCUCACUGGUCUUUGCAUCCUCAUGGUUGGUCCCGCUCUUAAGGUGCCAAGCCAGGACACCUCUCGCCGGCUGAGCCUUCGGAGGUGGGCACCCCAUGCACACGGGUACACACAGUAGGUCUACCAACAGCCAGGGAGGCACCUGGAUGUGUGCUGAUGUAAAGCCAAGCCGUCUCAGUCUCCCGGUGGCAUCUACAGCACUGAACAGCUCUGCCCUGGGAGACGCUUUCCUCAGCUCCAGUGAUGCCAUCUUCUCAGUUUUCUUCUGCCACCCUGGUCACUGCUGCUCAGCCUCCCUCCUUCCGUGCCAGUCGGGUGGUGUGUGGGAGGCUCCAUCGUUCAUUCCUUUCGCGUCCAUAAUCCCAGGCACCUCAUCUACCUGCUUGACCUCGAGCACCGAAUGAGCUCGCUGCUCCUAUAGCUAUUCUCCUCCCCCCCACCCCGCAUACUUCCUUCAAGUUCCGGAUCUGCACACCUGGCUCUCCCUUGGACAUCUCCACCUGAUGUCCCACAACCAUGGCAGGCAGUCUCAAUGAGCCCCAAGUGGAAUUCGUCUUCUUGUCCCAGUCGGCUUCACCAUCCUCAACCUGGGAGCCAAAUCGGGGACCUUCUUCCACUCUUCCCCCCACGGGCUGUGCUGAGAGCUCUCUGAACCUUGCCCUCCCCCUUCCAGGGCACUGAUCCACCGCAGGGACACCUGCUCACUGUCUGGCUUUCCCAGUAGACGGUGGGCCCUUGCAGGCUGGAGCUGUGUUUAUUCACUGUUAUGUGUUAAGAGCCCAGCACAGCACCCACGCUGAGCAGGUUGCUGCAGUGUCAACAUGGCCCUGCCACCUUUCACCGGCACGUGUUGCUUCUGCAGAUGCUCAUGCACUUACAAAAUCCGAGCACGCACACAGAGAGGACCAUGCAGGGCAGGCAGGAGAUGCCUCGUCCUUGGUCCCUCGCUGCUCAGGGUGGCUGGUCUCAGACUCCACACUGCGUUGCACUCAGGGAGACGGGUGGGGAGCUGCUUGAUGGGACCGGGAGACAGGCUUGUGGCUUUAUUCACAGGGUGGUGAAGGGGAGGAGCUGCUAGGACAAGGAAAGCCACUGACACUUCCACGGGGGUCUGUGCAGGACGGAGAGCACAC